GAGAACAGGCAUAAUGUUGAUAUAGAGCUCCGGUGGAGGAGAACAGAGUUAAUUUAUAUCUAUAUAGGGCUCCAGUGUUUCGAUAUAGCGCUUAUUAGUGCGUUAUAUACAUUUCUCACCUUCAUCAGUCCGGGAUUAAAUGGGAUGAGAUGUUUUUUUUUCAAGUUAACGUGUUGCUGUUUCUGGUCGUCUUGACGGACUGCCUCCAGGAUUUCGACCAUAAUCGUUUAAAAAGGAACAUAUGCCCUCCGAACGAGUAUCCGAAUGAGAAGAUAUGUUGCAAAAAUUGCAGUGCAGGCACUUCAGUGAAGACACAUUGUACGGAGAAUCAUGGUGAAUCAGUCUGUGACUCGUGCACGUUGGGAGAGGACUAUACGGAAUAUCCGAACGGCCUUGAGCACUGUCUUAGCUGCAGGCAUUGUACUGGUGACAAAGUGCGUUUUAAAUCGUGCACACUCGAGUCCGAUGCUGUGUGUCAGUGCAAACCAGGCACCUUUUGCCCUCCCGGAGGCACCUGUGAAGUAUGCAAAAUAUGUAAAAGUUGUCCAGGUCAAGUGGAGAAAAAUUGUACAGCGACUACAAACACGGUUUGUGAAACCAGUGAGCCGCCAAGAGAAACCAAACCUCCUUCCAUUCAGACUUCAGAAGACCCCAAAACUAAUUCAACUGAUGAAAAAUCAUCCACCAACCUAUCUGUUUGGGCGGUUUUGGCAAGUAUCUUCUGCAUUUUAUUCCUCCUUUGUCUGGGCAUCCUCGUUUGUGUAUAUAGAAAGGAAAUUUGCAACGCUUUGAGGCCAAAACAAAAGGGUUCCUUGGAGAGCCGUACUAGUUCGGGGUCAACUCUGAUUGAAGUUUUUGUGACAAAUCCCUCACUUGAAGACUCACAGAAGGUGCCUGGUGCUAAUGUAAGGGGAAACUUGCUGCCGGGAUCAAGUGCAUCCAGUUCUUCAGCGUGUCGCGAUAAUAUGUCUGAGGAGGUCCCACUGAUUGCGCCAAACACAAGUACAGAUACCAUGGAGAGCCCUCUGCCGCUAUCGCAGAUGGAAACUGGAGACAACGAGCCUACUUUGCAGACAGAAGAACAGAAUGCUUCUCAACAUCCUGCAGAAACUUCUGCAGAAACCUGCCCAAACCAAAUUCGCUGCAUUAAUUGUUCUUCUCAAGUGCCCUCAGGAGCUUGUACGGAGGAGAGUCAGCAGCGCUGUGCCGGUCCACAUCUUUCGCGGCAGCUUACAGAGAAUGAAUGGCAAACCUGUUUCAAUUGUAUUGUACACGAAGUACCAUUUAAUAUAUUUAAUAGAUUUAUGAGAACAAUGAACCUCCCGGAUAAUGACAUAGAACGUAUUAGUUCGGACUUCCGCACAAGCAGUGAUAAACAUUAUCAGAUGCUCCUCACUUGGCGUCAACAGCAGGGCAACAAUGCGUCCAUCAAAAUGAUACUAGAUGCUCUCACUGAACUAAAACUAAAUGCAUCUAGAGACAAUAUUGUGAACAGUCUAUCUAGUAAAAACAUUUUGCAGCUAGAACGGCAGAAAUCACUAUAACUUAAACCGCCUCAUGAAGAAACAGUUUGUUUGUUUUUAUGCACUUUGUUUCACUCGUUUGAAUUCUCAAAGUCAUAGCUCUCAUUUGUUGCCUGGAGUCAAUACUGGAAGAGUUCUGUUAAGUCAAUAUAUAUUCGAUAUAUCUGGAAUCUAAUUGCAUCCCAGCGCAAGGCUUUGUAUUUUGUGGAUAUUCAAAGUAUUCUCCUGAUUGAGCUGCAAUU